GGUUUGCACGCAACAGCCCGACACUUUAUUUCAUCACUUUUGACAUAUAAUCAACUUUAACCGCGCGUUUAACAGACAUUUAUGUCAUGUGAUGGCUCGUCAAUAACUUCAACGCUAGUUUAAAGUAUAUUCGAUAGAAAAAUGUUUAAAAUUCGUCUCGUGAUCCUGUUCGCCGGCUCAUUGUUGUAUCUCCUUGGUGUAUCGGGGCAGUCUUUUCCUGUCGAGAAAAUCGCUGUUGGAGCGAUUUUCGACCAAAACACCGAAGAGAUCCAGAAUGUUUUCAAAUACGCAAUGACCGUCCAUAACCAGAACAUCAGCAGUCGCCGGCUUGAACUGCAAGCGUACGUUGACGUCAUCAAUACUGCUGAUGCCUUCAAGCUCUCCCGGUUGAUUUGCACCCAGUUCGCCCGUGGGGUGUUCGCGAUGCUCGGAGCUGUAAAUCCGGAGUCGUUUGAUACCCUUCACUCGUACACUAAUACUUUCCAAAUGCCCUUUGUCACGCCGUGGUUUCCUGAAAAAGUUAUUCCACCGUCUUCGGGGCUGAUAGACCACGCAAUCAGCAUGAGACCAGACUAUCAUCGCGCUAUCUUCGACGUCAUCACGCAUUAUGGAUGGAAGGAGAUUAUCUAUAUGUACGAUUCCCAUGAUGGUUUGUUGCGUUUACAACAGCUAUAUCAAACAAUGCAACCGGGUCGCACCACAUUCAAAAUAUCUUUGGUGAAACGCAUCAAUAAUCCAACGGAAGCUAUGGAAUUCCUCAUGGCAGUGGAGGAGCAUGAUAGAUGGAGCAGCAAGCGUAUUGUCCUGGACUGCAAUGCGAAAAACGCAAAGAGUGUGCUGGUCGAACAUGUCAGGAAGGUAGAAUUAGGGCGGAGGACUUACCACUAUUUACUCAGUGGACUGGUUAUGGACGAUCAAUGGGAGAACGAGGUUACUGAAUAUGGAGCGGUCAAUAUCACUGGGUUCCGCAUAGUGGACCAUUCGCGGAAGGUCGUGCGGGACUUCAUAGAGGGGCUGAGAAGGAUGGACCCGCGCUUCAAAGGAACGAUUUCGGCGCAAACAGCACUAAUGUAUGACGGGGUCCAAGUGCUAAUGGACGCCCUAGGAAGACUUUGGCGAAAGAAGCCAGAUGCAUUCAGAGCGGCAUUACGAAGAGCAGCAGCCCUGGCAAAUACCACAAAAGUAAUUGACUGCAACCCUGGGAAGGGCUGGGUGGUACCCUUCGAACAUGGUGACAAAAUCUCGCGACUAAUUAAAAAGACGGAUAUCGAGGGUCUAACGGGGAAUAUUUCGUUCAAUGAGGAGGGACACCGGUGUAAUUUCACUCUCCAAGUUGUCGAAAUGACUGUUCAGAGUGCGAUGGUUAAGGUUGCGACGUGGUCCGACAAGCAAGGUCUGCAACUCUUAUCACCAAAAUAUAUUCGUCUGUUCACACCAACAACAUUCGAUACCAACAAAACAUUUAUAAUCACGACAAUCCUGCAAGAGCCGUACUUGAUGAUAAAACCGAAGGAAUACGGGCAGAGGGAGGAGCAGUACCACGGGUUUUCAAAGGAUCUAGCCGAUUUUAUUGCGAAGAGACUCGGAAUAAAAUAUGAAUUAAGAAUUGUCAAGGAUGGACAAUUUGGAAGCGAAACAGUUGACGGCUGGUCCGGUUUAGUGGGUGAAGUUUUGAAGAAGGAAGCAGACUUAGCCCUGGCUCCAUUAGCCAUCACAUCGGUAAGGGAGCGAGUGGUGGAUUUUACCGAACCAUUUUUGUCUGUAGAAAAUCCGAUUAUACAAACAAAGACCCCUAAGCAGCUCUCCGAUACUUUCAGCUUUUUACGACCUUUGUCUAAGGAAAUAUGGCUCUGUGUGCUAUUCAGUUUCUUCGCAGUGAGCAUAGUAUUGUUCUUAGUGUCAAGAUUUUCACCACACGAGUGGAAGUCAGUCUCUAUAUCGGAUACACAGUUGGAUCAUCCUGUGAGCAGCACGAAUGAGAUAAUCCUGCAUAAUGAAUUCAGUAUUUGGAAUUCAUUCUGGUUCUCUUUGGGAUCAUUUAUGCAACAAGGCAGUGACGUUGUACCAAGAUCACUGUCCGGAAGAAUAGUGGGCACAGUAUGGUGGUUCUUCGCUCUCAUCCUAGUAUGUUCGUACACUGCCAACCUCGCCGCAUAUCUCAUUAUAGAACGGAUCUCGGAACCAGCCCAAUUUCUCACCUAUAGCUCGAAGAUUAAUUUCGAAAGUCAGUUUCUACCAAACAAUGAUCUAGUGAAGGAUCCUGAGGUAGCGAACGAUCCCCCAUAUACAAUAGACAGCCGCUACGAGCGCUCUUGCCUCACACCUCCUAUCUGCCGUUACAAGCACGUCGACUUUGGGAUCGCUCUUCCCAGGGGAUCUAAUAUGAAAGAAUCACUAAAUCUUGUCAUUGUGGAUUUGAAGAAGGAUGGAAUAAUUACCCGCCUCUGGCGAAAGUGGAUGCUUUAUAUAAACAAGCCCCAAUGCGAAAACAAUAAAGAAAAGGAAUCGGAAAUAUCAGAAAUGUCGUUGAGCCAAGUUGCUGGAAUAUUCUACGUGCUUGUUGGAGGUUUGGCCCUUGCCCUAGGAGUUGCCCUUCUCGAAUUCUGUCACCACGGGCGCAAUGAGGCUGCACGAAGCAACGUCUCUCUAAGCGCCGCAUUAAAGGCUAAAGCUAAGAUGUCGUCACGCUCGGAUCGAAAAACCCCGCAGAGGUCCCGAGAUCAGGACAGACUAGGGUGGAAUGGUGCUGCGUUUGCUGGAUACUUCCCCGCUGGCAACCAGAUCUCGCAGGAGGACGCAGUGCACGCGAGCUUCACGCAUGUUUGAUCCGAGAAGUGCGGCGUCGACAGCCGCCGCCAGUCGCCGACCAAGCAACCGAAUAAUAUUGAUCUCUUCCAGCUCUAAAUUGUAUUGUUUCAUCAAUCCAUUCGAUAUUGCAUCGUUGCAUUUGUGAAACAUGAUGCACGCAAUGAUGCACCUAAUUGAAAUGUGCAUUUAUUUAAGAAUUCUCUUUACUGCAUAUAUUUUCUUCCUUUGCAUUUAGUUUUUAUUAUAUUUACAAUGACUCACUUAUUAAACACACACUAUCAUUGUGGUCAAUUAUAUUUU